GGGGCAGGGUUGGGGUGCGAGCGAGGAGCCGCGCGGGCACUCCCGGCGCGGGGCAACCACAGCGCUCAGGAGGCCCUGAGUCCGGCACCCGGCCAUGUGCAACCCUGAGGAGGCAGCUCUGCUGCGGCUGGAGGAGGUCUUCUCAGCCACCCUAGCCCGUGUCAACAGCCUUGUCCUCCAGCCCCUGCUCCCAGCCGCCCCAGAGCCCUCGGAUCCCUGGGGCAGAGAGUGCCUGCGGCUCUUGCAACAGCUGCACAAGAGCUCCCAGCAACUCUGGGAGGUGACGGAGGAAAGUCUGCACUCACUGCAGGAGAGGCUGCGUCACCCGGACUCCACCAGUCUGGAGUCCCUGCUGCUGCUGAGAGGUGCUGACCGUGUACUGCAGGCCCACAUAGAGUACAUCGAGUCCUACACAAGCUGCAUGGUGGUGCAGGCCUUCCAGAAGGCAGCAAAGAGGAGAAGAGAGUACUGGCGGGGCCAGCGGAAGGCGCUGAGGCAGCUGCUGUCAGGUGUGAGCUCAGAGGGCUCGGUGGGCGCAUCGCUGGGCCAGGCCCUCCACCAGCCACUCGCCCAUCACGUGCAACAGUACGUGCUCCUCCUGCUGAGCCUCGGGGACACCAUUGGGGAGCGUCACCCAACCCGGGAGCUGGUGGUGAACGCAGUCACCCUCUUUGGGAACCUGCAGUCCUUCAUGAAGCAGGCGUUGGACCAGGCUGCGGCCACACAGGCUCUCUGGCACACCUUGAGAGGCCGGCCGAGGGAUGUGCUCUGCACCCCUGCUCACAGACUACUUCAGGACAGCCAGGACGUACCCGUGACAGUCGCACCGCUUCGGGCUGAGCGUGUGCUACUCUUUGAUGAUGCCCUCGUCCUGCUGCAGGGCCACAACGUCCACACCUUUGAUCUGAAGCUGGUGUGGGUGGAUCCUGGGCAGGAUGGGUGCGUGUUUCACCUCCUCACGCCUGAAGAAGAGUUCUCCUUUUGUGCCAAGGACUCCCAGGGCCAGGCAGUCUGGCAGUGGAAGGUGACCCAGGCUGUUUGCCAAGCCCUGUGUGGGAAGAAGGACUUCCCCGUGCUGGGGGCUGGCCUGGAGCCCUCCCAGCCUCCCGCCUGCCGCUGCGCAGAGUAUACCUUCCAGGCAGAGGGCCGGCUCUGCCAGGCCACCUACGAGGGCGAGUGGUGCAGGGGCCGGCCCCACGGCAAGGGAACCCUGAAAUGGCCGGAUGGGCGGAAUCACGUGGGGAAUUUCUGCCAGGGCCUGGAGCAUGGCUUCGGCAUCCGCCUGCUGCCCCAGGCCUCUGAGGACAAGUUCGACUGUUACAAGUGCCACUGGCGAGAAGGCAGCAUGUGUGGCUACGGCAUCUGUGAGUACAGCACCGACGAGGUGUACAAGGGCUACUUCCAGGAGGGCCUGCGGCACGGAUUUGGGGUCCUUGAGAGUGGUCCGCAGGCCCCCCAGCCCUUCAGGUACACAGGCCACUGGGAGAGGGGCCAGAGGAGCGGCUAUGGCAUUGAGGAGGAUGGUGACAGAGGUGAGCGCUACAUUGGCAUGUGGCAGGCUGGUCAGCGCCACGGCCCAGGGGUCAUGGUCACCCAGGCAGGCGUCUGCUACCAGGGCACCUUCCAGGCGGACAAGACGGUGGGCCCAGGCAUCCUCCUCUCUGAAGACGACUCCCUGUAUGAGGGCACCUUCACCAGGGACCUGACCCUCAUGGGGAAGGGCAAGGUCACCUUCCCCAAUGGCUUCACCCUGGAGGGCUCGUUUGGCAGUGGGGCAGGGAGAGGACUGCACACACAGGGUGUGCUGGACACGGCUGCCCUCCCACCAGACCCGAGCAGCACCUGCAAGAGGGUAGAUUCUCUGUCCCUUUCUCUGCUGCUCUUCCUCCUGGAGCCGUGGAGGCAGCUGGGUGUGGGUGCCUUCCCCGUGGAAAGCCGCUGGCAGGGAGUCUACAGCCCCUUCCGGGACUUUGUGUGUGCUGGCUGCCCCAGGGACCUGCAGGAGGCCCUGCUGGGCUUCGACGUGCAGAGUUCCAGGGAGCUGCGUAGGUCUCAGGAUUACCUGUGCUGUGAGAGGACCCACCCCGAGGACGGUGUGGGCAGUAUAGAAGACAUCCUGGAGGAGCUGCUGCAGCACCGGGAGCCCAAGGCCCUGCAGCUGUACCUCAGGAAGGCUCUGAGCAACUCACUGCACCCCCUGGGAAAGCUGCUCCGGACACUGAUGCUGACCUUCCAGGCUACCUACGCAGGUGUCGGGGCCAACAAGCACCUGCAGGAGCUGGCCCAGGAGGAGGUGAAGCAGCAUGCCCAGGAACUCUGGGCUGCCUACAGGGGUCUGCUGCGAGUUGCCUUGGAGCGCAAGGGCCAGGUCCUGGAGGAGGAUGAAGACACAGAGACAAGGGACCUCCAGGUGCAUGGAUUGGUGCUGCCCCUCAUGCUGCCCAGCUUCUACUCAGAGCUCUUCACGCUCUACUUGCUGCUUCAUGAGCGGCAGGACAGCUUCUACAGCCAGGGCAUCGCCAACUUGAGCCUCUUUCCCGAUACCCAACUGCUUGAGUUCCUGGAUGUGCAGAAGCACUUGUGGCCCCUCAAGGACCUCACGCUGACGAGCAAUCAGAGGUACUCCCUGGUCAGGGACAAGUGUUUCCUGUCAGCCACCGAGUGCCUGCAGAAGAUCAUGACCACGGUGGACCCACGGGAGAAGCUGGAGGUGCUGGAGAGGACAUACGGGGAAAUUGAGGACACGGUGUCGCGGGUGCUGGGCCAGGAGUACAAGCUGCCCAUGGACGACCUGCUGCCGCUUCUCAUCUACGUGGUGUCGCGUGCCCGAAUUCAGCACCUGGGAGCCGAGAUCCACCUGAUCCGUGACAUGAUGGACCCCAACCACACAGGAGGCCUGUAUGACUUCCUGCUCACGGCCCUGGAGUCCUGUUACGAGCACAUCCAGAAAGAAGACAUGAGGCUGCACCGCUUACCUGGCCACUGGCACUCCAGGGAGCUCUGGUAGCUUGGCCUUUCCUGGACAGACUGCAGAGCUGAGCAGGGCACUACCGGCCUGUCCCUCGUUACCCAAGGCAAAGGGCGGGACAGGCCCUCAGAAGCAGCUCUUGGAGGAGAUGAGCAUUUUGUUUUGCACAGGAAGAUGCUGCUGCUGCCCUGACUGGGAUGAGGGUGAGGGGUGACGGGUGUGGCCCUGGAUGCGGUGAUUUUCCCUUGUCCACUAGCCCAUCUCCAAUGACCCCUUAAUCUGCAGCAGCUCACAGGCUGGGGGUGAGGAGCCCCUGGCUUCUCUUAGCCUGAGCCUUUCUCCCAAGUUUGGGAGCCUCUCUGGGCCUCAGUGCUGCCACAUGUACAAUGAUGGAGUGAGUACGCUGUAAAGGACCUUCCAUCCAUUUUGCUGAAUUCCAGAGUCCUUUUGGAAGACUGACUUUAGUCUGCUGGGCUGUACUGACCUCUGGCAGGCUCUAAGCCUCGCUGGGUAUGCAGUCAACAGGAUGGGCCUGGAGGUCCGUGAACUGCAGGCCACUUACCCAUGACGUAAACGGUGGCACUGGAGCAAGCUGGGGCGGAGGGUGGGUAAACCCUCACUGCCAGCAGGCCCCAAGUGGCCUGUAAAUCAUUUGCCUGUGACGUCUGUGGGCCUGCGUGGGGACAGCAGGGGCACAUGACGUCUGCCUGGGCCCUGACCAAUAAACUCUCAGACCCAGGACCCGGGACCCUGCUGUAGUUGGGGAGCAGGAGUACCUUUGGGAGGGGAGGACUUUAUUUAAACAGUGGUUCUAGUGUGGGACCAAGAGAGGCAGGAACUGGGUCUUGGGGCAUUAUUCCUGCUGGGCCUCAGUUUCUCUUCCCCACACAGUUUAUCUUCCGUCACAUUGUGCCGGGUGACGUGCAUGGUCUCCCUCUGCCCUUGCAGGAGAUGCAUGAUGACAGGCAGUGUGAUGUGUUCUGAAAGGGUCCAGGGCAAAGCGUAGGGAGAGGGUGGAUUUGUGCAGGGUGCAGCUCUGGAGAAGAAGCUGGAUCACUCUUGGUCCCAUUCCCUAGGCCCUGAGCAAGUCAGGCUCCUGGCUCUGGGUGUGGCUCCCCCAAAUGAAGUACUGACUUCAGCCUGUGAGGGGAGGGUUGAGGGAGGCUCUGGAAAGCCCGGCCACACCUGAGUCCCUGGCAGUAGACUUGGGGCAGAGGGCAGCCGCAGAGUCCCAGAGAUGAUGUGGGCAAUGGGCAGAGAGAGCCUUGGUGCCUCUCUUUGCCACCACCUCCCCAAGAAGGAGGGACAGCAUUUCUCUGGCUGGUUCCACUAAAUGUGCCAGCCCAAAUGCAGGGCAUGGGCUCUGGUUCUGCCAGGAGCCUGGGACACUCCCAGGAAGGGGGUGGAACUGAGGAAGCGCGAGGAUAUGCAGGGUGCACAGGGACUCAUGCUUACCGGAAUUGGGAUUGGGGCAGCUCACUAGGAUUCUAUCCUUUCCAAUCGACAUCAGCCAGCUCUUGUCCCCUGACAAGUGAGGACAGCCUGACCCUGGCCUCAAAUGCAGCCAUCCCUGAGUUCAUGCGAUGCUGACAGGACCCCAGCACACUUCCCUGCCUCCUUUGAGAUCUGUGAGCCUUUACUGCAGUUCAGAUUCAACAAGGCCCUCUGCCCACCCUCUCACUAGGCCUCACCCAACACCAGUGGAACUGGAGCCUCUGGCUGGGCACAGUGGCUCACUUUGUGAGGCUGAGGCAGGAAGACUGCUGGAACCUGAGAGUUCAAGACCAGCCUGGGCAACAUAGUGAGACCCUGUCUCUACAAAUAUAAAAUAAAAUAAUUAGCUGGGUGUGUUGGUGUGUGCCUGUGGUCCCAGCUACUCGGGAGGCUGAGGUGGGAAGAUCCGUGAGCCUGGAAGGUCAAGGUUGCAGUGAGCAGCAAUCGCAUCACUGCACUCAAUCCUGGGUGACAAAAUGAAACCCUGCCUCAAAAAUAAAAAUAAAAAUAAAAUAAAUAAAUAAAUGAAAAA